ACCUCGCACCUCACUUAUCCAAAAAAAAAAAAAAAAAAAACCUCGCACCUCUAACGCUCGCAUAAUUUUCCUCCGGGACUGUUUCUCUCCCCAAACGCCGUCAUUUCGAGAAACUAAAAAAGCUUAAAGAGAGAAGACCAUGGCCGAUCAGCUUACGGACGACCAGAUCUCCGAGUUCAAGGAAGCCUUUAGCCUCUUCGACAAGGAUGGCGAUGGCUGCAUUACUACCAAGGAACUGGGGACUGUGAUGCGAUCACUUGGUCAGAAUCCCACUGAGGCAGAACUUCAGGAUAUGAUUAAUGAAGUUGAUGCUGAUGGAAACGGGACCAUUGAUUUUCCCGAAUUCCUUAACCUGAUGGCUAAGAAGAUGAAAGACACUGAUUCGGAGGAGGAGCUAAAAGAGGCUUUCAGGGUUUUUGACAAGGACCAGAAUGGUUUCAUAUCUGCCGCUGAGCUUCGCCAUGUCAUGACAAAUCUCGGUGAGAAGCUUACGGACGAGGAAGUUGAUGAGAUGAUCCGUGAAGCUGAUGUUGACGGUGAUGGGCAGAUCAACUAUGAGGAGUUUGUCAAAGUCAUGAUGGCCAAGUAAGGAUCUCCCCAAUCAUAACCAAGGUCCAAAAAUGGGU